GAUUGUGAUAGCGACAGAUGUCUAGAAAACUGUGAGGGGGCACUCCUCAGUUACAACACAGUCCCCACACUGCAACCUCGCAGAGCAGGGGCGGAAUCUUGCAGCUGUCACUCCAAAGGUUUACCUCCAUUAUCACACAUCCAGCCGGAGCGUGGACUAGAAGAAGAAGAGGAACAAGUGAUCACUCUCUGGAAACACAGGAGAGACCAUGGGAGGCAAACUGAGCAAGAAGAAGAAGGGAUAUGAUGUGAGCGACCCAAAAGAUGCCAAGAAUGAGGCAACAAAAGCUGCAGAGGAGUCUGCUACAGUGGAGGCUGAAGCCACACCAGAAACAGAAAAGGUGGCAGCUGAAGAAAAUAAUGUAGUAGAGGAAUCUGUAGCAGCUGUGGCAGCACCAACAGAGGCUGAACAAUCUCCAGAAGAGCCCAAGUCUGCACCUCCAGAGGAACCAGCAGCUCCAGAAAAGGUAGAGGAACCAGUUGCAGCAGCAGUAGAGGAACCAGUUGCUGCAGCAGUAGAGGAACCAGCCCCAGCAGCAGAAGAACCAGUUGCAGCACCAGUGGAGCCUGCUCCUGUAGUAGAGGAGGUAGCAGCAGCUGCAGAAGAACCAGUUGCAGUAGUGGAAGCGGCUCCAGUUGCAGAAGAACCAGCCGCAGUAGAGGAACCAGCUGCUGCAGCAGAGGAGGUAGUUGCAGUUGUAGAAGAACCAGUUGUAGCUGUCGAGGUGGCAGCUCCAGUUGCAGAAGAACCACCUGCAGUUGUAGAACCAACUCCAGUAGAAGAACCAGUUGUAGCUGCAGAGGAGGUAGCUGCAGAAGCAGAGGUGCCAGCCCCAGUAGUAGAAGAACAAGCCCCAGUUGAGCCCCAACCUGCAGUAACAGAACCAGAAGUACCUGAACCUGCAGCUGCAACUGAAGACCUCCCCAUAGAAGAACCUGUGGCAGCAGUUGAAGAAGCUGUAUCGGAGCCAGAGGUUGUUCCUGCCCCUGCAGAGGAGCAAGAGCCUGUCCAAGAGACUGUUACUGAGCCAGAGAUCGCUGUGGUGGAGACAGUAGUGCCUGAAUCAGAGCCAGUAGCUGAACCAGCUCCAGAACCAUUGUCAGUGUCAGUGCAAGUCCCUGAACCAGAGCAAAUCAUUGAGCCAGUGCAAGAGCCAGAGCCAGAACCUGUGCCAGAGCAAGUAGUUGAGCCAGAACCUGAGGUUGAAGCUGUAGUGGAAUCUGCGGCUGUAGAGCAAGUUGAAGAGGUUGAGCCAGAACCAGCUGCCGCAUCUGACAUUACAGCAGAGGAGGUUCCUGCAGAAUCUCAGCCUGUGGAAGUGGAAUCUGUUGCACAAGAGGUUGUGAGCACUGAAGUAGAAGCUGAGCCAGAAGCAGCAGAACCUGUCCCUGAGAUUCUUGUCUCUGAGUCUGUCUCUGCAAGUGAAAUUACUGCUGAGUCUGAAGAGGUUGCUGAAGCCCCUGUGGAGGAGGUGCCUUGCCCAGAGCCUGCAGUGGAGAAUGGGGAUUUAGAGAGCGCUCCUGUCACAGCAGAGGUGGUAGAAGUAGAAGCACUCCCCACUGUGAAUGGAGAGUGUGCAGAUUCUGCUUCCACACCUGUGGAGGAAUGCAUAAAUGGUGGCGAGGAGGCGCCCGUGAAGGAGCAGAGUGACUUUGAACUUAAAAAGGAGGUGACCCUCAGCGGGGAUGUCGAGGAAGUUCCAGAUUCAGUCCCCGACAUGGUGGAGCCUCUGAGCACUGAGGUCACUCAGGCAGUCUGAAAAAAAAGCCAUCACUCAAAUCAAUGUGAAUUCAAUUCAGCCCUCUGAUGGCCGCAAGAAAGCCAUCAAGGUAUCACAAACACAGCUAGGCUUUCUGGAAUGCUGUAACCACCGCAAUGUCUAUAAUGGUAACUCAGGCGAAAUAAGGAUGUUUUCUGUCGAGUAACCAAAAAUGAAAUGCAACCACUUGAGGGUAGAAAGAGGGGGGAAGGGAAAGAGGGAGAGAGAGAAGAAGUGAGAGAUGUGCAGAGAGGAGAGAUUGGAAUUUGAGGGUGAGUGUGGACAGACUGUGAAACUGGACAGCAGAGUGACAAUACUGGACAGUAAAUAUAUUAUUAAAUAAGAAUGAUUAAACCUGUCUUUGUGUGUGAGCCCGAUGAAUAUUAUCAAGUGGUCUAUUGGAACAGCAUUCAUUAUUAAUAUGUUACCUGAUUUAGAAUGUCAUAUAUCCUUUCUAUUACUAUAUGCAAAGACAUGGCAUAAAUGUUUUGGCCUUUUAUAAUAAUGGUACCUGUGAGGAGUGUUCAUUUGAAAACUGAUUGUUCGAAAUAGAGAAUAAAAAGAGAUUGUUAUAG